AUGGCAAACCGUGAUUCUGUAGACAAUUGUUUUCUGCAUUGUGAAUGGAUUCAAGAAUUAGUUUUGGAACUACAUUUCACCCAAACUCUACGUAUGUAUUGGCGAAAAAUGGAUCCUGAAGUCCCUCCUGAAGUUGAUGAUGGCUCUACUGAAGAUAUGCGAACUGGUAGAAUAGAUGAUAAAGAAAAGGAAGAUGAUCCGCAUAAUAUGGAACAGAAAUUUUAUCGUUAUGGAAUCAAACCUGAAUGGAUGCAGGUUCAUCGCAUAAUUAACCACAUGGCUUAUGAGAAGAAUCAAUACGACUAUUUGGUUAAAUGGCGUGAAUUGGUAUAUGAUCAAGCAACAUGGGAACGUGAUGAUUUUGAUAUUCCUGGGUAUGAAGAUGCAAUAUUUCGCUAUUGGGUGCAUCGUGAACGAAUGAGUGGGGAAACAAUGCCUAAAUAUAUUUUAAAGAGAUUAAAUAAAAGAAGGGCUGAACAAGGAUUGCCUCCAUUUGAAGAUGAAGAGAAGAAGCGUAAAAAGCGGGAAAAUAAACCGAGCACCGAUAUAAAAAAGAAAUACGAAGCUCAGCCAGAAUAUGUAAACGAAACAGGAGGCAAUCUUCAUGCCUAUCAAAUGGAAGGAAUUAAUUGGCUUCGUCAUUGUUGGUCAAAUGGAAUAGAUGCAAUUUUGGCUGAUGAAAUGGGGUUGGGAAAAACAAUUCAGUCGAUGGUUUUUCUUUAUUCACUUGUCAAAGAAGGACAUAGCAAAGGGCCAUUUCUUGUAUCAGCUCCUCUCUCUACAUUAAUCAAUUGGGAACGUGAAGCUGAAUUUUGGUCUCCUGAUCUUUAUGUUGUUACUUAUAUUGGAGACAAGGACAGUCGAACUGUUAUAAGGGAGCAUGAAUUCUCUUUUGUUGAAGGGGCCACAAGAGGCGGGACAAAAGCUGGAAGGAUGAGGACAGACCAAGGCAUUAAAUUCCAUGUUUUAUUGACUUCUUAUGAGUUAAUAAAUAUUGACAAAGCAAUACUCUCAAGUAUUGAUUGGGCUGUUCUUGUUGUGGAUGAAGCCCAUCGUCUCAAAAACAAUCAAUCAUUGUUCUUUAGAACACUUCGAGAGUUUAAUAUUGGAUAUCGUCUUUUGCUUACAGGGACUCCACUACAAAAUAAUUUGGAAGAAUUGUUCCAUUUAUUAAAUUUUUUGAGCCCUGAUCGAUUCUAUGAUUUGGAAUCCUUUACUCAUGAAUUUGCUGAAAUUUCAAAAGAAGACCAAAUUCAACGUUUACAUCAACUUCUCGGUCCACAUAUGUUACGACGUCUCAAAGCUGAUGUCCUUACUGGAAUGCCUUCAAAAAGCGAAUUAAUUGUUCGUGUUGAAUUAAGUCCUUUACAAAAGAAAUAUUAUCGACACAUUCUUACAAAGAACUUUGAGGCCCUCAGCAUUAAAAAUGGACGGUCACAAAUGUCACUGUUGAACAUCAUUAUGGAAUUGAAAAAAUGUGCAAAUCAUCCAUAUCUUUUCCCGAAGGCAUCAAUUGAAGCACCGAAACGUCCAACUGGCGCUUAUGAAGGAGAAGCACUCAUCAAAAAUAGUGGAAAAUUUGUUCUUUUACAAAAAAUGUUGAAGCGUUUGAAGGAACAAGGACAUCGUGUACUCAUCUUUUCUCAAAUGACAAAAAUGUUGGACAUUCUCGAAGAUAUGAUGGAUUUUCUUGGUUAUAAAUAUGAGAGAAUUGAUGGUUCAAUCACCGGGCAAAGUCGUCAAGAUGCUAUUGACCGUUUUAAUGCUGCUGGUGCACAACAAUUUGUUUUUCUUUUAUCAACACGUGCUGGAGGUUUAGGAAUUAAUUUGGCAACUGCAGAUACUGUGGUUAUUUAUGAUUCGGAUUGGAAUCCACACAACGACAUUCAGGUUAAUUUUUAGUUAUUAAAAUAAUAGAUCCAUUUUCGCAAAUAUUUCAGGCAUUUAGCAGAGCUCAUCGAAUUGGCCAGCAGCGUAAAGUAAUGAUUUACCGGUUUGUAACUCGCAACUCUGUGGAGGAACGUAUAACAUCUGUUGCAAAAAAGAAAAUGAUGCUCACCCACCUUGUUGUUCGUGCUGGAAUAGGUCAAAAAGGCCCUUCAAUGUCAAAGACAGAGUUGGAUGAUGUUCUUCGU